AUGUCGUUUGGUUCAAAAAAAUUUAGAUCUAAGAGGGAGCAACUGGCGUAUGAUGCGUCACUAGCAGGGAAGUAUUACAAGCGCCUGAAAGGUAAUCCUUUUUUAUACUUUGGUUUACCGUUUUUGGGGAUGAUGGUAAUUAGUUCAUACUGGUUAGCUGGGUUCACUGCCAUUAAAUAUGAGAGGGACGAUAGACACGUUCAAGAGAUGAACGAGGAAGAAUUAACAAAGCUCAUAAAGAAUAGAAGGAAAUUUGAUAUUAAGGAUGAGUUUUACCGCCUACAGGGGUUAGCUGAAGAAGACUGGGAACCAAAAAGAGUGGAAAGGUUAGACGACGAAUCAGAAAACGUUUGGUAG